AUGACUCCCACCAACCAAAAAGAGGAAAGAGUUUUCUCUGAACUAGCAAAUCCCAAGCGAGGGCUGAAACAGCGACACAUUCAAAUGAUAGCCCUGGCUGGGACAAUUGGCACCGGAUUAUUCCUCGCAACAGGCAAAUCUCUAGCAAGGGGUGGCCCGCUGGGAACUUUGCUCGCAUAUUCUAUCGUGGGCACCCUCAUAUACUGCGUGGUUCUUUCAGUCGCCGAGAUGAGCGCCUUAGUUCCUCUAUCAGGUGGUAUAAUCCGACAUGCGGAGUGGUUAGUUGAUCCUGCACUGUCAUUCGCUCAAGGCUGGAAUAGCGUUUAUGCAAAUGCCAUCCUUCUACCUGCUGAAUUGGUUGCUUGCGCAAUCAUCAUCGACUUCUGGUCUCCAAUAAACCAUGCAUUGUGGAUUAGUAUCUUUGGUGCAUUUUUGAUCAUCAGCAAUACGCUAUUCAUCAGUGUGUAUGGCGAAUUAGAGUUCUUUUUCGCAUUAUUGAAGAUUGCUCUCAUAGUCGGAUUAAAUAUAAUGGUUAGCCUUUGUAUAACAUCCGGUGCAAAUCCAAAAGAAACCUCAAUCGGAUUUCAAUACUGGCAAAAUCCCGGGCCCUUUGUACAAUUUCUCAGUAUUGGUGGCUCAUGGGGACAGUUCCUUGGAUUCUGGCGUGUCGUCAGUAGCGCAGCUUAUACAUUUUCCAAUGUUGAGAACAUAUCUAUUGCAGCUGCUGAGACGCAAAACCCGCGUUACAAUAUUCCUAAAGCUGCUAAGCGUGUCUUCUGGCGGAUAUUAAUAUUCUAUUUAAUCACUAUGUUCUUCAUGGGCCUCAUUAUAUCAUCCGAUGAUAAUCAGUUGAUGUCUGAUUCUGGAGAUGCGGGGGCAUCCCCUUUUGCGAUCGCUGCAACGAACGUCGGUAUCAAAGUGGUUCCUUCCAUAAUUAAUGCUAUAGUCGUGACAAGCGCAUGGAGUGCUGCAAACUCUGCCAUGCUGGUUGGAACUAGAACACUGUACGGCCUCUCUCAGGAAGGCCAUGCUCCCGUGAUUUUCACUCGGCUAAAUCGAUUCGGCGUUCCUUGGAUUGCUGUUGCCGCUGUCGGGUCCUUUAUUGCAUUAGGCUAUAUGACUCUCUCAUCAUCUGCCUCUACCGUGUUCGAUUGGUUACAAGAACUGGUGUCUGCCGCCUCUUUAAUCCACUGGAUAAAUAUCCAACUCAUCUACUUGAGGUUUUUCUACGGCUGCAAAAGACAGAAUAUCAGUCGUAAUGAGCUUCCAUGGAAAAGUCCCUUUCAGCCCUACGCUGCCUGGCUCGCACUGACCUCCUUCGGUAUCAUCCUGCUUACCGGUGGGUUUUUCAUCUUUAUAGAUGGCCACUGGAGCCCUCGGGCUUUCGUCUCGUCAUAUUUCAAUAUACCGCUCAUUUUGACGCUCUAUUUUGGCUACAAACUCUGGCGGAAGACUCGACUUAUUCAUCUUGAUGAGAUACCCAUUCGCAUGUUUCUUAAUAUCGCGAAUGAUAAUCCCGAACAAAUACCACCUCCAGUUACUGGGUGGCGUAGGUUGAACAUCCUUUGGGGCUGA